AUGGCCGAAGACAGCUUGUUAAAUAAUUGUUUUAUUAUCGCCUUCACCAUCUCGAUGCUCAUUAAUUUAUUCGGCAACAUACUCGUCUGCUUUGUGGUGCUGAAGUUUCGAGACAUGCGCAUUCCAAUGAAUUACCUUCUUGUAAAUCUUGCAAUCAGUGAUAUGAUGGUUGGUUUCUUUAUGUCCCCGAGGUUCAUCUUCGGCCGGAUGUUGAAUCACCCCGGGGGAACUCUUGGCGACUACUUUUGCAAAAUCUUAACUGGGGAUUCCUUCACCUGGACAGGAGCGUUGGCUUCAGAUGUCACUCUGGUCUAUAUUGCAGUUGAGCGAUAUCUCUCAAUCCGCUUUCCUCAUAGCAAUAAGAAGAGGCUGACGACUAAGAAGCUUAGAUACGUCAUACCACUUUGCUGGACCUUUGCCCUUGGGGUCAACCUACCACCUUUUUUCUAUCUCAAAUACGACAAGAACUCUGGAAGCUGUGUGCCAUUUUGGCCGACGCCAAACUUCAUAAAAUACCACAGUGUCAUUAACACCCACAUAUUCUUUGUUUUUCCUGUACUGAUAAUGGGGGUGCUCUACACCCUUCUCAUUUAUCAACUCUGGUUUAAAAAGAAAACUUCGACCUCGUCUGUGGCUCAACGAGCAGUACUCAAGUACCGACGUCACUCCACCAAGAUGGUGAGUACAGUAAGUUUGAUCUACUGCAUUUGCUGGUUUCCAAACUGUUUUGUUUACAUCUACGUGGCUUACUCAACCAAGCAGUUGUUCGGUGCGAUUCACACAGCAUCGGUUCUGAUGGUUUCUCUAAACUCCGCCGUCAAUCCGGUGAUUUACAGCUUGCAGAGUCAUCGAUUCCGUCGCCACAUGGCAGCGUUGUGGAAAAGAUGCCAUUGCAACAAAGUUUAUAUUCUUGACAAUGGUGGAGAAUCAAACGCUGUUCAAACGUCUUAGGUGACAUAACUUCAGCCUUCGAUUGAACAGAUGGGACAGAAGUAAGGUGAUUCCUAAAACAUAUGUCUUUUCCAAGGUUUGCGAUGAAAUUUUUUUGCAUUGCCGUAACAUGUCAAAGAGAUUAUGAAAAUGUCAUGCAGAAAGAAGCGCUUGACGCGCACCAUUUCAUCUAUACCCGCUUGUUAAACUCGGUCACGUAAAAAUAUUUGGCCUUUUUACGGAUCACGAAUAAUAUCCAAAACGCUUUCAAGUUCACCCGAAAUUUAAAAAAAUCACGUAGAAUUGAUAUAAUACUUUCUUUAGUCUUAACCAGUCUAACUUGACAAACGAUGCUGCAAUGUCCUAUCUCAUUUGUUCAAGAACCAUUAGAAAUCUGUCUUGUGAUUAUUAUCGAUCCAUAAGAUUUCCAUCUCUUGUCAAAACCCUUGUCAAAACCUAACCACAACCGUUCGAGAAAAAUACGAACAUUUCCAAAACGAUAAAAUAACCGGAAAUGCAUCACGCAAAACAAAAUGGUUCACGAAUCACGUUUAAUUCAGCUCUCAACUCAUAGCUCAUGCGCGUUCAAAUAAAAAAAUUCGCCCACGUAGAUAUCAUAAGAUCUUAUCACCAUUGAUCACGAUUCACGGAUUCACAAAAAAUCAAAUCACGAUUUACGAGGAAAAAAUCACCAAUCACCCUUCACGUUAAAAGUAUAUUUCCAUCUCAGACAGAUGAAAGCUCUCUUUUUUUUUUUUUGACA